AUGUUCCAGAGAGCCCUCCUCCGCGCCUCGAGACCGGCCGUCGCGCCCAGCAGACAGCGCGUCGCAAGCACACGAGCCGCGGCGCCCGCCGUCCGAUGGUACUCGGACGCGGCGGCGCCCGCCGCCAACGCGGGCGAGGCGGCUGACAAGAACGAGGACGCGCCCAAGGACGAGGCGGCGCAGUGCAAGGAGCAGAUGGAGAAGAAGGACAGGGAGAUUGUCGAGCUCAAGGACAAGUACCUCCGCUCCGUCGCCGACUUCCGCAACCUCCAGGAGCGCACGGCCCGCGAGACAAAGGCGGCCAAGGACUUUGCCAUCCAGCGCUUCGCCCGCGACCUCGUCGAGUCGGUCGACAACCUCGACCGCGCGCUCUCGACCGUGGCCCCCGAGAAGCUCAAGGGCGACAACCAGGACCUGACCGCGCUGCACGAGGGCGUCAAGAUGACCGACGGCAUCCUGAUCAACACGCUCAAGAAGCACGGCCUCGAGCGCUUCGACCCGGCCGAGGCCAGCGAGAAGUUUGACCCCAACGUCCACGAGGCCGUCUUCAUGGCCCCGCAGCCAGGCAAGGAGGACGGCACCGUCUUCUUCACCCAGCAAAAGGGCUUCUACCUCAACGGCCGCGUGCUGCGGCCCGCCAAGGUCGGCGUCGUCAAGAACGCCUAG